UAAGAAGAUGCCAAUGUGUAUGUAUAUAUAUAGCACUAAUGGUAAGUAAUGUUUAUUAAUUGAGCAUCACCAAAGAAGUAGAGGAAUCAAAAUGAUUUCCCAAUUGUGUUACUAUGUUGGUGUCUUCUUGGUGGUUUUGUCAUGUUUAAAAUUUCAGACAUUUUGGCGCAAAAACAACAAGUCUAGUUCUGUUGGCAUUCCCCCUGGAAAUAGAGGAUUGCCCUUCAUAGGAGAGACGCUGCACUUCAUGGCUGCCAUCAACUCCAGCAAAGGAGUAUAUGAAUUUGUGCGAAUUCGCCGCCUACGAUAUGGAAAUUGCUUCAAGACCAAGUUAUUCGGAGAAACCCAUGUUUUUAUUUCAAGCAAGGAGUCAGCAAAAUUGAUUCUGAGGAACGAGGGAGGAAAAUUCUCAAAGAAGUACAUAAAGUCAAUAUCCGAGCUUGUGGGUCCCGAUAGCUUGCUCUGUGCAGCUCAGCAACAUCACAAACUCAUUCGUGCUCGUCUCUUCAGUUUGUUCUCAACUCAUUCUUUAUCUUCCUUUGUUAUACUCUUCGAUCAACUUGUAAUUGAAGCUACAACUAGUUGGAAAUGUGGAUCCCUUUUGAUCAUACAAGAUGAAGCACUCAAGCUAGCUUGUAAGGCAAUGUGCAAGAUGCUAGUUAGCAUUGAGAGUGGACAUGAACUAUUGAUGAUGCAAAAGGAUGUUGCUCAAGUGUCUGAAGCAAUGCUUGCAUUUCCUUUGAGGUUACCCUGGACCAGAUUCUACAAGGGCCUUCAGGCUAGAAAAAGAAUUAUGGACAUAUUAGAGAAAGAAAUCAGUGACAGAAGACGCGGAAUCGCAACAAGCCGUGUUGAUUUUCUUCAACAACUUUUAGCAAAUGAAGAUGAUAAAUUAGAAAAGGGUGAAAUUACAAGGCUAACAGAUAAAGAGAUCAAAGAUAAUAUCUUAACUAUGAUAAUUGCUGGACAGGACACAAUAGCAAUUGCAAUGACAUGGAUGAUCAAAUUUGUGGAUGAGAAUCAGGAGGUUCUUAAUGAGCUUAGGAAGGAGCAACUUCAGAUUGAGAAAAAAGGUGGAGGAAGUGUUUAUCUUACAUUAGAGGCUCUUUCUGAGAUGCAAUAUGGUUCCAUGGUAGUAAAAGAAGCAUUAAGGAUGGCUUCUGUAGUGCAAUGGCUGCCUAGAGUAGCACUUGAGGACUGUGAAAUUGAAGGAUUUAAGAUGAAGAAAGGGUGGAACAUCAAUAUUGAUGCUAGAUCAAUACACCAUGAUCCGACUAUUCACAGUGACCCUGAUGUGUUCAAUCCUUCAAGAUUUCCUAGUGAGUCAAAACCAAACAGCUUCUUAGCAUUUGGAAUUGGAGGAAGAAUGUGCCUUGGGAAGAACAUGGCUAAAGCAAUGAUGUUGGUGUUUCUCUACCGUGUCAUAAGCAGUUUCAAGUGGAAGGUGAUUGAUUCUGACUCAAGUAUUCAGAAAUUAGCGCUUUUUACCAAACUUAAGAGUGGAUAUCCAAUACGUUUGAUAUCUGUGAAGGACUAUACAGACAAAAAAACUGUGUGAGGACUUGAAGGCUAACUCACAAACAAUCUUGUACUAUCGUAAUUACUGCUUAUCUAUUGUUAAUGAUAUUUUGUGUGUGUGUAUAAUAUAUAUUUAUUUGCUUUUUUUUUUUAUGUAUGUCAUGUUCUUACCACAUUAGCAAAUCAGAAUUAACUCAAUUGGUUAACCAACCAUCAUAUUAGAGAUGCUAAAAUUAUCCAAGGAAACUCUCUAAUGAAGUUACCAUCGAUCCACUUCAAGGCUCA